CUCAGCUGAUUCUCGACUACUUUUCGCCAUGUGAUUAAUUAUAUGAAGCUUUAUGAUUUCUUCCUUUUAUAUUUCAUGAAGACUUCUUAUCUCAAUACUCAUUUUACGAUAAUGCCACUCAUAUUCUAAGCUUGAGACUUAAAUAUUUCCAAUACGACAGCAGAAAUUUCCUAAUUCCCUAGUGGGAAAGGAACAAACUCCGCCAAGGAAACCAAAGACAACAGAUAGAAAUAAUUCUAUAAUGGCCAACCUCGUAACUACAGAAGAGCCAUCGAUGGACCUCCCGGUCAUCGACCUGGACGUCUAUCGGAGCAACCCAGCCUCUAGCCCCGCAGUACAAGAAGAAUGUGCACGAGCGGCACGGGCACUGAUUACUUACGGCGCUUUAGUACUGCACGAUUCGCGGGUAUCCGAAUCCGAUAACGAGGCCUUCCUAGAUCUACUAGAAGACUAUUUCGCGCAGCCUGAUGAUGUAUUGCGUCACGACGAACGCCCCGAGUUGGGGUACCAAGUUGGUGUGACACUAGAGAACACGGAGAAGCCUAAGUGUGCUGUAGAUGAGCCGUGUCUGCGUGUUAUUGAACGCUUAGCUCCAGCUGAGCGACCGCUGGAUGUAGCUGGUCACCAACCCGAUCCUAAAUGUCGAUUUUUUUGGCGCAUGGGUGAACCCGCCCCUUAUGCUACGCAGUUCCCGGGUCUCAACGCCGAAAAUGUGAUUCCGGAAGUUCUAGAGAUUAGGGAACGGUGGACCCCGAUUAUGGAGACAUGGGGGAAGAGUAUGAAGAGCGCUGUCUCAGGACUCGCCGAAAUGGCAGCAGUCGGUAUGGGUCUUCCCGCCGAGACAUUCACUGACGCCGGGCGAUAUGGCCCGCAUCUCCUCGCCCCCACAGCCUCAGACCUCCAAAAAUACGGCAAAAAGGACACCAUCCUCGCCGGUUUCCACACAGACCUCAACUUCCUCACAAUCCACGGCCGCUCGCGAUACCCCGGUCUACACAUCUGGGCACGCAACACCGGCCGACGAAUCGCAGUCAGCAUCCCACGCCCCUCCCCAACAUCCUCCGGCAGUUACCUCCUAGUACAAGCCGGAAAGCAAUUAGAGCACUUAACCGGCGGUCUCGUAAAAGCCGGAUACCACGAAGUAGUCGUAAACUCCGCGACUCUAAACACAGUCGCCAAUCGACAGCGCGAGUAUCCCGAUAGACCCCUGGUCAGGAUUAGCAGUACGUUUUUCUGGCAUCUGAGCAGCGACUACGAUUUAGCGCCCGUACCCGCGUUAGUGGAGCAAGCGCGCGCCGUGCGGGCCGCAAAUUUUGAUCUUGGACGGGAUGAAGGUGAUGAGGUUGAGUAUGAGCCUAUGAAGGUUGGACAGCAAGUUCAGAAUGAACUAAAGCAUAUUGCGCUUCUAGCAUGAGGUAGAAGUAGGAGGUAAACACCAGUAUAGUGAUUUAUGAAAUGAGACAACACUCUCAUUAGCUUCGACCUAAAUACCA